CAUAUAGACCCCGGGCUAUAGAGUACUUCAAAGUUCAACCCGACAACCCAUUCUCCCAUAAAUACCUGUUGAUUGCGCACAAUUCAAAUCAAAAGAAGCAAGCCAAAUUUCGCAUUUCGCCGAGGAAAAGCGCCGUGGAAUCAGGCUCCUUAGAAACCUCUUCGCAAUGGCGAAUUAUGAAACAGAGAAUAACAACAUAGGAAAAACUUUAACCCUUGGAAAUUUAUUCCAGCAAGAUUUUCCUUGCGCUAAUUUUCUCCCGGUUUACCCAAGUUCCUUCAACGACGAUGCAUUUCGUUUUGUUAACAAAGGGGAAUACCGUAUUUUUUAUAUACCUGAAUCAUCGGAUAUUUUGAAACUAUUCCUCGUUCCUCUCCGUAACUGCUGUGUCGCUGGUAACCAGCUGCCCAUCUUAGUACCUGAAUUACCAAGCGAAUUCCUCUUAGUUCACUGGAGGAAAUGGUGUUAUCUUUUUGUGGAGCCUGUGAUCAAAACAAUCGAUGAGGGGCUACAAGAUGACAAUGUUUGCAUCAUGCUGUUUCCACUUGAAGCCAUUUCGAAGCAAAAGCACGCAGUCGAGCCAGAAUUGCACUACCAUAUCCUGAAGAAAUCUGCAGUUACUGAAAUUGGUGCACCGCAUCCUAAGUAUUUCAACGAGACUAAUGUCGAAUUCCCGUGUAUGAUCAAGAUUGACCAAAGCUUCGGUGGAUAUGGCAACUAUGUGGUGCAAAGCCGUGAAGAAUUCGGGGAGAAGUUGAAAUUGAUCACGGAAAGAUUUGGCUCCGAUGCAUUUUACGUCGUGUCUGAAUAUAUUCAAGAAGUACAAAGCACUAUCGGCUGUGGCUUCUACGUUACAAAAUCCGGAAACAUCAUAUACCUCGGAGUUCAAGAAUGCGCUGUGAAGAAAGAUUUCCAAUACCAUGGUGGAUCAAUUGACUGGGACAUGCAGGAUAAGUAUAGAGAGAGAGUGUAUGAUAAAUUUGUGGUGCCUGUAGCGAAAUACCUACAUAACAAAGGCUACUUCGGAAUGGUGGGUAUCGAUAUAAUUACAAGUCCCAGGGGAGACUAUCUGGUAGACUUGAAUCCUCGUAUAAACGCCAGCACGUCGCACCUUAUCCUUGCAUCAAACAUGGCAAAAUUGGGAUUGACAAAGUCCCGAUACGAAGUAUGUGCAACUUUCGAUGUCACAAGUGAGGAAUUGGUUAAGAAAGCGAAUUCUAUUAACGAGGAGAAUCUCAGCAGCCGAAUUAUAAUUAUGACGGCUGUUGAUGAAGGCGAUAAAUGUCAUGCAGCCUUUUCAGUGUUUUGUGAUAGUGAAGAAAUGGUCGAUUCUCUGUGUGCUAAACUCCGCCAAUAUUAAACCAUGGACAAGAGCAAACAUUAUAUAAUCAGUAAUAAUUAUUUCGUUAGCAUUAACAGGAACUUUUUAGUUAAUUAGUGCAUGACAAGACUUUAAUAUUAGAAAGUGCAUGACAAGACUUUUAUUUUAGAAGGUGCAUGAUAAGACUUGAGCCGUUUUAGGGCAUUUCUAGUGCAUGUUAUAGGUUAUGGUAGUUUUUUGUUAAAUCUAUAGUCAUUAGGAUUGCAUGUGCUUAUGAUUUUUUCUUAUAUUCGUUAUUUAGUUUACAACUAUAAUGGACAACCAUUAAUGAUCUUUGAAAAAGCAUUGUUACUUAAUUGGUAAAA